CUUCAUAUAUAAAGGAUACAUGUACUUGUAAUUCUCAAUGAGCAUCGAAUUGCAUUCAAAGAUAACUAAUUAACCUAUUAGUUGUCCAAAAAAACCUUAACCAUGGCAUCUAUUCUUCAAGCUCGUAGCUUCAUGUUGAUUGCUUAUGCAAUGAUGUUCACUUUCAUGGGAGAACCAACAGCAGCUGUUGUGACAUUUAGACCCAGUAAAUGGUCUCUUGCUCAUGCCACAUUUUAUGGAGAUGAAACUGCUUCCGAAACCAUGGGAGGAGCAUGUGGAUACGGGAAUUUGUUUAAGAAUGGUUACGGAACAGAUACAGUGGCUUUAAGCUCAACAUUGUUCAACAAUGGCUAUGCGUGCGGUAGUUGUUUCCAGAUUAAAUGCUAUCAAGCGAGUGCUUGUUACAAAAAUGUGGCCUACACCACUGUCACUGCCACUAAUCUUUGUCCUCCUAACUGGUCCAAGCCCUCCAACAAUGGUGGGUGGUGUAAUCCGCCAAGAGUUCAUUUUGACAUGGCCAAACCCGCCUUCAUGAAAAUUGCACAGUGGAAAGCCGGUAUCGUCCCUGUUAUGUACCGCAGGGUUCCAUGCCAAAGGAAGGGAGGGGUUAGAUUCUCUUUCCAAGGAAAUGGGUACUGGCUAUUGGUGUAUGUGAUGAAUGUGGGAGGUGGAGGAGAUAUUUCAAGCAUGAUGGUGAAAGGAAGCAGAACAGGAUGGAUUAAAAUGAGCCAUAACUGGGGUGCUUCUUACCAAGCAUUUGCAACACUAGGUGGUCAAGCUCUAUCUUUCAGGAUUACUUCAUACACUACCAAAGAGACUAUUAUUGCAUGGAAUGUUGUUCCUUCUAAUUGGAACGUAGGACUCACUUAUUCCACUAGCACCAACUUCCACUGAAGAAUUCAUGGCAUGCCACAAACUUUUGACUGGCCACUUUGUUUUAUAAUAUACUAUGAAUAUGAACUACAGCACUUUUCUAUUAGUCUUUUAGGAUUUACUAUUAGUAAAUAAGCUAUUGUGUCUGCUGCAGAUGAAAUUUUCAUAGGCUCAGCAGAUGCUUAAGGCUAAUGCAAAGAAACUGUCACACCUUUUUGUUGGUUUGACAAAUUUGAAAUGUGACCCCUACCCCUGCAGUCAACUUAAUCUUUCCAUAAGGUUGACACUUUCGAAAUUUGUGUUUAUACUCUAAAUUAAAGUGCUUAUC